AAGCAUCUCAAAAAGACACGAACACUCUUUGACCGACCCCAAGUAGAGGCCUUCCUCCUCGCCUUCGGCGACAACGACUACCCGCUCCCCGAAACCGUGCGCGUGCUCGACGAAAUCGUAACCGACUACAUCAUCGAAUCCUGCCACGAAGCCGCAGCCGUCGCUCACCACGCUAGGCGCGCGAAGAUCAAGCUCGAUGACUUCAAAUUCAUGCUAAGGCGCGAUACAGGGAAGCUGGGCAGAGUGAGCGAAAUGCUGGAGACAGACAAGGAGCUGAAGCGCAAGAGGAAGGCGUUUGAUACAGAUGAGGGCGCGGUGCUGCAGAAGGGGGAUGCGAAGGAGGAUGAGGAG